CCCGACGUCGGCGCUGCGAUUCCGAAGUAGUCAACUAAUUCAGUCGUUGCGCUCGAUGUGAACAGACGUGCGUGUCGGAACAACAGUUGCAAAUCAAACACGAAAGCAUAAGCCAAACAAAAAACAGCAAACAGAGAAGAGAAUCAGAAGAAUCUGAGCAAUCAGAAGAAUCAGUGGCCCAGUGUCAAGUGACCUAGUGACAAGUGUCUUAAGCGAGUUGCGAUUUAGCACCAAGUCAAAACCAAUGGCCCUGGAGGAUCGCUGCAGUCCACAGUCAGCGCCCAGCCCCGUAACCCUACAAAUGCAGCACCUUCACCACCAGCAACAGCAGCAGCAACAGCAGCAGCAACAGCAGCAACAAAUGCAGCACCUCCACCAGCUGCAGCAACUGCAGCAGUUGCACCAACAGCAACUGGCCGCCGGUGUCUUCCACCAUCCGGCAAUGGCCUUCGAUGCCGCUGCAGCCGCCGCUGCUGCAGCAGCUGCUGCGGCCGCCCACGCCCAUGCUGCUGCACUGCAGCAGCGCCUCAGUGGCAGUGGAUCGCCCGCAUCCUGCUCCACGCCCGCCUCGUCCACGCCGCUGACCAUCAAGGAGGAGGAAAGCGACUCCGUGAUCGGUGACAUGAGUUUCCACAAUCAGACGCACACCACCAACGAGGAGGAGGAGGCGGAGGAGGAUGACGACAUUGAUGUGGAUGUGGAUGAUACGUCGGCGGGCGGACGCCUGCCACCACCCGCCCACCAGCAGCAGUCGACGGCCAAACCAUCGCUGGCCUUUUCCAUCUCCAACAUCCUGAGCGAUCGUUUUGGAGAUGUCCAGAAGCCGGGCAAGUCCAUGGAGAAUCAGGCCAGCAUCUUCCGCCCCUUCGAGGCGAAUCGUUCCCAGACUGCCACGCCCUCCGCCUUCACAAGAGUGGAUCUGCUCGAGUUUAGCCGGCAACAGCAGGCUGCCGCCGCAGCCGCUACUGCGGCCAUGAUGCUGGAACGGGCCAACUUCCUUAACUGCUUCAAUCCGGCUGCUUAUCCCAGGAUACACGAGGAAAUCGUGCAGAGUCGCCUGCGCAGGAGUGCAGCCAAUGCCGUAAUCCCGCCGCCCAUGAGCUCCAAGAUGAGCGAUGCCAAUCCCGAGAAAUCCGCUCUGGGAUCACUGUGCAAGGCGGUCUCGCAGAUCGGACAACCUGCUGCCCCAACGAUGACCCAACCUCCGCUGAGCAGCAGUGCCAGCAGCUUGGCCAGUCCGCCUCCCGCCUCCAAUGCCUCCACCAUCAGCAGCACCUCCUCCGUGGCCACCAGCUCGAGCUCCUCCUCGUCGGGUUGCUCCUCGGCGGCCAGCUCUUUGAACUCCUCGCCCAGUAGCCGACUGGGAGCCAGUGGAUCCGGAGUCAAUGCCAGCAGUCCCCAGCCGCAGCCAAUCCCGCCGCCAUCCGCCGUUAGCCGAGAUUCCGGCAUGGAGUCCUCGGAUGACACGCGUUCCGAGACGGGAUCCACCACCACAGAGGGCGGCAAGAACGAAAUGUGGCCCGCCUGGGUGUACUGCACCCGAUACAGCGAUCGUCCCAGCUCAGGACCCCGCUACCGCCGCCCCAAACAGCCAAAGGACAAGACCAACGACGAGAAGCGUCCACGCACCGCCUUCUCCAGCGAGCAGUUGGCCCGCCUCAAGCGGGAGUUCAACGAGAAUCGCUAUCUGACCGAGCGGAGACGCCAGCAGCUGAGCAGCGAGUUGGGCCUGAACGAGGCGCAGAUCAAGAUCUGGUUCCAGAACAAGCGGGCCAAGAUCAAGAAGUCGACGGGCUCCAAGAAUCCGCUGGCCUUGCAGCUGAUGGCCCAGGGAUUGUACAACCACACCACCGUGCCGCUGACCAAGGAGGAGGAGGAGCUGGAGAUGCGCAUGAACGGGCAGAUCCCCUAAGCGCUGACCACUGGUUACCCAUAAGGGGUUACUCCUUCUGACGGGGGCGUGCAAUAUUCGAGGGCGUACAAAUGGUUUUCAUGUGAUAUAAUUGUAGCGUACAUAUGUUUUUGUAUAUAUCUCUAAAAACAUAUAUAUAUAUAUGUAUAACCCUAACCUAGACUAAGAUCCAUCCGUAGCGAAUUCGAGCUGUAAGUUGUUGGCGUAUUUAUUUAACCACCCCUGGAUAGCCGAAAGUAUUAUCGUAAUCACCCGACACAAAGCCUUUCGCUAUCGCCGCACUACAAAAGCUUCGACCUUCAGACGUUUAUUCCUACUUAAAAACUAUCUAUAGUUAUUACUCCCUAUAAAUUACGCGCUUGCAACCGCUCUGUAAAUUAAGUAACUUAACAGUUCCCUAGCCUAAUUCCUAGUUUACACACUUAAGGAUUGCUAUGAAAGAGUAUUUUAGUUUCUAAGCGAAAUGUUAACGAGCAACUAAUAGCUGGCAAAUGCACCUAAGAAAAUAACAACGAAAUGUUUGUGCUAAAGCAGGUUCAAGAAAAGAAAAUUAAAAACAAAAUAAAACAAUUAUGGAAAAAAUUAAAA